UGGCUUUGUUCAAACACAAAAAUCUAUCCACGAUGGACACGGCUUCUUUUAAUAAUUUAAUUAAUGAGCUAACUAAACUAUUAAAUACUAAUUAAUGAUUAUUUAGAAAUUAUAAAACAUAAUUUUUUAACGUUUCCCCAUGUCUUUAAUGUUUCUUACAUUUCAAAAUAAUUGAAAUCAAUAAUUGUGUUAAAUUAUCUGGUGCGUUUAGUGAAAGGAAGAUUACUACACUGCUAUAUUACACUGACAGGGAAAAAAAUAUGUUUUUGAUAACAAAUGGCCUGUAACUACGAAACUGAGUUUUUAUAAAUUAAUAUGCGCGAUGAUGGGGAAAAAAAGGAAAAGAAUAAUAGGGAAUAUUAUUUGGUCCAAAAAAGGGUAUCCUAAAGAUUCUGAAGAGAUAGAAAAGGACACUGAGUCUGGCCUUGGUCAAGCGAGCUUAUAUCAUGCCCUGAUCAUUAUAUUUUUGGAAUUUUUUGCAUGGGGACUGCUUACAUCCCCUAUAAUUAGUGUUUUAAAUGACACUUUUCCAAAGCACACGUUCCUUUUCAAUGGCCUCAUACAAGGUGUAAAGGGAUUACUGUCAUUCUUAAGUGCUCCACUAAUAGGAGCCUUGUCUGAUGUAUGGGGCCGCAAACCGUUCUUGCUUCUUACAGUAGGCUUCACGUGUGCACCUAUACCAUUGAUGAGACUUAGCCCAUGGUGGUAUUUUGCAAUGCUUUCUAUAUCUGGAGUAUUUUCUGUAACAUUUAGUGUAAUAUUUGCUUAUGUUGCUGAUGUCACAACAGAGGAUGAGAGAAGCUCUGCUUAUGGUUUGGUAUCUGCCACAUUUGCAGCAAGCUUAGUGACAAGUCCAGCUAUUGGGGCAUUUUUGCAAGAUUUGUACAGCGAGAAUUUGGUCAUUUGGUUAGCAGCUUCCAUAGCUGUGUUAGAUAUGUUAUUUAUUUUGGUGCUUGUGCCAGAGUCUUUACCAGAGAAGCUACGUCCAGCAAGCUGGGGAUCUCAAAUAUCCUGGGAGAAAGCAGAUCCUUUUGGGGCUUUGAAAAAAGUUGGACAAGAUUUGCUGAUAUUGUUGUUAUGUGUGACAGUAUUUCUUUCCUACUUGCCUGAAGCUGGAGAGUAUUCAUCUAUAUUUGUGUAUCUUAGACUAAUCAUGGACUUCUCAAAAGAAGAAGUAGCAUCAUUUAUAGCUGUUGUUGGUGUUUUAUCUGUUUUGGCCCAGACUUUGAUUUUAGCACUGUUAAUGAAGUACCUAGGACAUAAGCAAACAAUAAUGUUUGGUUUGGUUUUUGAAAUUAUUCAGCUAACCUGUUUCGGGUUUGCAUCACAACACUGGAUCAUAUGGCUGGCAGGAACAAUGGCUGCUAUGUCCAGUAUUGCUUAUCCAUCGAUAAGUUCUUUUGUUUCAGCACAUGCUAGUGCUGAUCAACAAGGUGUUGCUCAGGGUGUUGUAACUGGCAUUCGUGGGCUGUGUAAUGGGCUGGGUCCAGCAUUGUUUGGCUUUAUUUUUUAUUUAUUUAAUGUUGACCUUAAUGAGAACAACCUAUUGUCAAAUGAUCCUCCAAAAACUGAAAACAAUUUGUCGCAUCGUACAUUUAACAAUUCUAUUCAAAGUGUAGUACCUGGCCCACCAUUUGCAUUUGGUGCAGUUCUUGUGAUAAUGGCUCUUCUUGUAGCUGCCUUUAUGCCAGAAAAUCCACAUGCAGGUGUUAACAAAAAGCCAAAAAUGCCAUCUGCUGCUGCAUUUGAACUUCAGGAAGAUGGGGCAGUUGACAAGAAACACGAGAUAGAACCUUUGAUUACUGAUACCGAUUUAGAGUUAUAGCACAACAGCAGCUGUAUGAUGCCUGCCAAUGCAGUUCACGGAUUCUUUCAAUUGAUGUUUGGUGGAAAGUGUUAAGAUUUAACGUUAGAUAGCAUCAAAGUAUAAAUACAUAUUAAGUACAUACAAGUAUCCAACAAUGAAGUUAUGUGGACUUAAAAUAAUAAGUUCUAGAUUUAAAUCUAAUAUAGUGUACAAACAGAAUGACAAACUGAUGAAACAAACAAAAACAAAAUAACAUUGAUCUAGUAGUUUUUAAUGCUCUUAUGAUUUAUGUCAAAUUAGUUUUGAAACUGUAGAUUUGAUUUUAUGCAUUCCUUGUGUAGCUUAAAGAUAAUCAUUUUAGGUCAUUUGGUGUUUUCUUUUUAACAAAUAGCUGUAUUCUCUGCUAUAGUAUUAAACCAAAAAAAUUUUUGCUUUUUAAUUUUCAUUUUAAAAUAAUGGAGAAUAGAUAUGUUUUAUUUACCCUGAAAAAUAGCAAGAAAGGAAGUUGUAAAAGUCUGUUGCUGCUUAGAAAAUGUUAAGUACUUAUGUUAUCAAAUAAUGGCUUCCAUACUUAGAAUUGUUCAGAAAAAAACACAAAUUCUAAAUCUUACAAAUCUUUAACAAAAAAAAGUUGAUUUAUCUAAAAUGUUACAGAAAAUGACUAUUGUAUUUACCUGAUAUUUCAAUCAAAAAGGUUUAAUUUUUUUUUCUUUUAUAUAUUUGUCUCGAAUGCUACUAAAAAUCUAAACUUCUAUUUAUUUAUUACCCUUUUUUUUUACUGGCAACAUUUCCAUGUAGACAGUGAUGAGAAAUAUACAUUUUGAAAAAAGGUUUGCUUUGAUCUCACAGAAGCAAACAAUUUAAAACGAUAAAUGUGAUCAAUAAAUGUUAUGCUUUGAUUAAAAGUUUUGUUCAUAGCAUAUUUAUUGAGAACUAAUUCUAAAAGUCUCUGGUGUUAACAAUUGAUUCAACUUUUGUUGUUUCAACUCUUUUUACUUUUGUUUAAAAAUGAAAUGUUGAUUCUUAAGAAUUUCAACCAUGUAGUCCUGUUAUUUCGAGAAAUGUAAUAUUAUUUUAGGUUUGUUUUUUUUUAAAUUGUCUAAACAUGCAAACAAUUUUCUAGAUUGAAGUCAAUCUUUUUUUUUUUCACACACAUGCAAAUAACAUCUUUUUUACAUGUCUGAAUUGAAUGGGUUAAAGUUUCAAAAUUACCUAAUUCUUUAAUUCUCUCAAUGCUAAAAAAUUUCUUAUAUAAAACCAAAGGUUCAAAAGUUGAAACCUACUUGGGUAACAGUUUUUUUUUUCCUUAUUUCUGGUAUAGGGUAUGUCAUUAUACAAGCUUUUGCCUCUGCUUUAGUGUACGAAUACAGAGAAUGAAUAGCUGUCUAUUUAGUGAUAGACUGCAGGAGUCAACGUGUUGUUGAAUUCUUUCUUUGAAUACUUUGUUGGAAUGUAUAAACUUUUCAUCUGUAAAUGUUUUAUUUUUUUCUUCCCCUUUAAAUUUAUAUGUGAAUUUGACACAACUGAAUUGUACUGUUAUAUAGUUCAUGCUAUCAAAGAUUUUUGAUUGCUGAGAGUUGUGCUAAACUGAACCAGACUGGAAGAACUUUUGAAUAGAGCCACAUCAUGCCACUGAAAGGUAGACUAAGAUGAAAGUUAUCGAUAUUAACAUUCUGUAAAUAAAAAAAAAGGUAUUCCUUUUUUUUUUCUCCCUUGAAACUUCCCAGUUAAAAUCAUUUACAUAAUUUUAUAUUCCUUUCUUUUUUUUUCAUCUAUUUUGAUUUUAGAGUAAUUAAUUUCUUUACUAGACCAUCAAAAUUAGGAAUGUUUUAUUUUACAGUCUGUUUUAAAUUUCAAAAGAUUUGUAACAGUAUUAUUAGUAAAGUUGAAAAUCUUUUGUUUACUAUUUAAAAUUUUACAGGCAUUCUGAAAAAAAACAAAUUUAUGAAUUAUAAAAUUGUUGUCAAUAAAUCAAGAAAGUCUUGAGCAAUCUUUACCAUCUAAUUCCUUAUUCCAUGACUUCAUUUGAAGACAAGCUAUUCAUAUCAAUAAUGAAAAGUAUGACCAUAUCUCUUAACAAAAAAAAUGUUGUUUUGAUUUUUUUCUUUUUUUUGUAUUCUGUAUUUUAGUUCUGAGAGACUAUGUAAUGAAAGCUCAAGAGAUGGUCCAAAUGUUAAUGAUUACAUUUUUUUUUAGGAAAUAUGUUUUCCAAAUACCCUUACCGGUAUUAUUUUCUUUGGUCCUCUAGUGAUUAUUUUGUUUGAGUGUUUUAAAAUCUUACUGUUGAUUGUCUUGAUGUGAGCUGAAGCAUUCUUUGUUGCUUUAGCUUUUUAAAUCCAUUAUUACAUAAGUACAUUUUUUGAAACAAUGUACAUGUCUUUCUUGUGAAUGCCAUAGAAAUAUUCAAUGAAUAUUUGAAAGGCAUGGAAUUCAUUUACUCAAAAGUUCAACAUUUCUCAGUGAUUUAGUUCUGAAUUUAAUCCGUGAUAUGUUUUGUUUUCUACUGUUUGUUUCUUAUUUCAACUAGUCCAGUAUCAGGUAAUUGUCUUUGUCAGUAACUAGAUCACAUGUUUAUGUAUAUAAAACUUUCACAUUUUCAUUCACUCAUUUUUUUUGAUAGAAAUGGACACAAAGUUAUGAAUUAUUAUGUCAUGUGGCUGUGUUGACUCUACAUGAAUAUUUAGAUGGUUUCAUUGCUUUCUGGUUGCAUCUCAUUUAAUCUAAAAAGGCAAUCAGACUUCUGGAUUUCUUUCAAAGUGUAUGCUUCUGUUAAACAAAAGUCAUUUUAAUUCCUGAGGAUCAACUGGGACAGAUACUGCUAACCUAUAUUUAGUCAAUAUUGUAAACACUGGACACCAACCAAAGAGAAGAAAAAGGGUUGGUUGUAUUGAAGUGAAAGGAUUCAGCUAGUCUGUCUAUAAUGUGUACAAGUAGUGCACAUAUACAAUAUAAUUCAGUCAUUAUCUGGCUUCCAGAGGCAAUUCUUUUUUAAGUGUUCAUAUGGUUAUGGGUCUUGCAUUUCUUUUUUUCAAAUCCAGGUUGGGGUUACAAGUGCUCCUAAUGUAUUUUCUUCUCUAAUUCCAAUCUCUGAUUUGCUUCACUAUUUUAUUAAUCAGAGGUUGGUGUUCUUUUGUUCCUUUAUUUAAUUGAAAUGCACCAUAAACAAAACAUUUGUCUGUUAGACAGAUAUAGAAACCAUACAAAUAAAAUUUUGAAUGAAAUCUCACUGUCAAGGUCUUACAAUAUUGUCUCCUUUCUUGAGAUUGCAUACAUAACAAAACAUUAUAGGCAUAUUACAAUACCAGUAUGUAUGAUUAGCUCUUAUGCUUUUGUAAAUUUGAAUCAUUUUAGCUUUUUUAACUAGCACUUUACAUCCAACAAAAACAAUAUUUACACAACUAAAUUUAGUACUCUGGGAGACAUGUAACUCAAAAUAGAACAUUCUGUGAUUAAAUAUAGUUUUAGACACUGUGCCUAUUCAUAUAUCUGGCUUUAAUCUUGUAUGUAUCAAGUCAUGUAAACCUAUUUACAGCCAGCUUCAAUACUUUGUGCUCUAAUAAAUGUCUUGUUAUUGAAGUCUGGCUUGGUGUGAAGCUGAUUCUAUGACUGGCUUUCAACUACCUUCCACUAUCAGCACUCGAUUAUGGUUCUCGUACUGACAGAGUGCUGGCACGACAUUUGCUGUUUACUACUGUUGUCAUUAGGAAAAUGUGUCACUGUUCAACUUAAUGUAAUGUUUCUGUAAUAAAUAAACAUUCAUUAUAAACUUAA